AUGGAUAAAUUUUUAAUUAAACGACCGAUGAAUAGUGAUGAUGAAAGUGCUAUAGAAACUAAAGUUCGUAAGGUAUCGGAAAUGUCGUCAGAUGUACAAACCAGUCGAAAAGUUAAUAAAAAGGACCGUAAAUACCAAGACAGUUACAUCAAGUUUGGAUUCACUUUCGAUGUUGAAAAAGGUGAGCCAAAAUGUGUUAUUUGUUUAGAAAGAUUAGCUUCAGAAAGUAUGAAGCCAUCAAAGCUAAAACGACAUUUAGUUACUAAACAUCCUCAAUUCCAACAUAAAGAGGAAGACUUUUUUAAAAGGUAUGAAAAUUCGAUAGAAGUUCAAAAAAAUACUAUGCGUAAUUUUUCUUCAGUUUCUAUAAAAGCUCUAGCUGCAUCAUUAGAGGCUUCAUAUUUAAUUGCUAAAACCAAAAAACCACACUCUAUUGAAAUUAAUGAAAUUCCCUGGUCAAUGUGUGUGUCAAUAUGCACUGACGGUGCAGCUGCCCUUACUGGUUCAAAAAAAGGUUUUAAAGCUAAAGUCCUAGAAGUGUCUUCAAAUAUAAUGUUUAACCAUUGUAUGAUUCAUAGAGAAGCUUUAGCUUCCAAAAAACUUCAACCAGAUGUUAAUAAAGUACUCCUUAAUGCUAUAAGUGUAAUAAAUUUUAUAAAAUCAAAGUCAUUAAAUUCCAGACUUUUUACUAUACUUUGCAAUGAAAUGGGUUCUGACCAUGAAAAAUUGCUUCUUCAUACUGAAGUAAGGUGGUUGUCUCGUGGUAAAAUAUUAUCACGCCUUUUUGAACUCAGAGAUGAAGCACGAAUUUUUCUUCUGGAACAAUUCCUCAGUGAUAAUGAUGUGGAUAUUAAUAUGAUAAAAGAAAUUAUAACUACUCAUCUAAUAAGUUUACAAACAAACUUUAAUGCACGGUUUGAAGAUUUCCCAGAAGAAAGUCUAGGAAAUUUAAAAAUAAGCGAAGAACUUAUUGACUUGUCAUCAGAUGAAAAUCUACGUAUCAGAUUUCAACAAAAUGCAUGUGAUACAUUUUGGAUUUCCAUCAAAUCUGAAUAUCCAGAAUUAUCAAAACAAGCUAUAUCAAUUUUACUUACUACUACUAGGAAUGAUAAAAAACUGAAUAACCUAUGA